GACUCUUCAGAAACUAAUUGCCUAGAGCAGAAUCAGGAAGACCAUACACAUCAGAAAAGAGGGAAUCUACAAUGGAAGAACACAAGGAGGAUCAACUAGAUGAUGAUCUACAGGUCAGAGGAAGUGGAAAUCUUAAGACUGGCCCAGUCAAAGAGGAACAUUAACAGUUUGAAUAUGAACCUUGAAAGGGAUAUGCAGAGAAUUGAUGAAGCAAAUCAGGACCUUCUUCUCAAAAUCCGCAAGAAAGAAGAUGAGAUUCAGAGGCUGGAAAAUGAGAUCACUCAGACCAGAGACCUGGCAGAGGGUGAGGAGUGGGGGAAGGAGAACCGCACCACGAUGGAAAGGGAAAGAGCCUUGCAGGCGCUAGAAGAAGAAACAGCCAGACUGGAAAGGAAGAAUGAGACUCUGGUCCACAGUAUAGCAGAACUUGAAAGAAAGCUUACAAGGAAAUCUCAAAAGGCAACUAAGUGUGAACAAGGCAAUCUAAAGGGAACCCCAGAAGAGUCAAAGGUUAAGUUACAACAGCUGGAAGCCUCCUGUGCAGACCAAGAGAAGGAACUGGCCAAGUCUCCCCAGGUAAUAGAAGACUAUGCACUUUUGGCCCAGCUCUGUGAAGAUCAGGCCCUCUGCAUAAAGAAGUACCGGGAAACUUUGAAGAAAAUAGAAGAAGAACUAGAGAAUCAGUUCCUCGAGAGAGAAGUGUCAAAAGUCAUAAGCAUGAACUCAGCAAGCAAAGAGUGUAAUGGCCAAAAUAACAAGGAUAACUCUCUCCAAAAGAAGAAAACAGGAUUCUGUAAAACGAUUUUUCUAUAUUUCUUUUUCACCACCCUGUUUUUCAUCAGACUGCUGGGCUACUUGUUGUUCCACAUAAGUUUUAUAAAUCCAGAUCUCUUUGUCAAUAUACUGCCCAAGAUACUGAGCAGGAACAUCUUGUGGAAGCUAAGAUGCUUUCUCUUUCCAUCUCUCAUGCUUGAGACAGAGGACAUGUUACCCCACUGAUCCCCAAGAAAUAUCCUGGAGCAAAAGAAGGCAAGUGGUAUCUGAAUCCAUAGACUAAGAGAUGGUGGAACUUGUGAAGGAAAGAGGUUUUCUUCAGUUAUU